AGUGGUUUUUAUUGGAAAUGUUCUGUUGUAUGUAACUCGUUAUAUGCUCAGGAAACAUGGGUUUGUUUUUUUUUUGAGAUGGUUGAUCUGCUUUAAUUAUUUCUUCGCUGAACGAAAAUUCCAAAUUACUUUCUCUAAUUGUUGUGAUAUGAUGAUUCAUUCUGUCAUAUGAUUUGUCCUCGUCCUUGUCCAUUUGUCCUAUGUUUCUUUCCUUUCCGUGAAAUUUGAUUGUGGUAUAUGUAGGAAUGAGAAUGAGUGAUUAAUGUGUUUUUAUUAUCUCUAUUUUAGUCGUUGCUGAUAGGCUCAUUGUUCAAGUUAUUAUAAUCGAAGAAAAGGUGACAUUUUUUCGUUCGUUUUGAUACCAUCAGGAUAGAUGUACAAGGGCAUAGAUCGUUCUGUUCCAUUGAGUUGAGGAGCUCGUGUUAUUAUUAAAAGGGAUUCUUUAAUUUUUAGCCUGUAUUUGCGUUGUUCAUUGUGCAAAAUCUUAAAAUUCUCCUCUGUUAUUAUAUGAUUUGUCGCGAUAUAGUGUUUCGUUAUUGAUGAUUUUGGUAUUCGAAUGUUUUCUUUUUUUUCUUUUAGUUUGGUUUGAUCCAACAGGUUAUCAAGGUCCACGUGAUUCAACUUAA